AUGACUUCUGGAUCUCGUGCGUAUCUCGGACUAGGUCUUCUUAUAGGCCUGUUGGUUGGAUUAGCUUUAUUUUUUGGUUUGUACUUUGGGUUACCUCCACAAUGUAAUAACAAUGAAAAUGGGGAACAUACCAAUGAGGAAUAUCCUCUUUUCGGAGAAUACAAUUCGGCAGCUGUUGCUACUGAUGGUGGACCUUGCUCAGUGAUUGGCAAAAAUAUUUUGAAGAAGGGCGGGUCGGUCGUGGACGCAGCAAUUGGAGCCAUGUUGUGUGUAGGAUUAUACAAUUGCCACAGUACAGGAAUUGGUGGAGGAUCAUUCAUGAAUAUUUAUGAUGCCUCAACCGGUGAAGCAGUAUUUAUCAAUUCUAGAGAAGUUGCUCCGCUUGCAGCUACGGAAGACAUGUUUAAAGGAGAUCCAGACCUGUCGACUAUUGGUGCUUUGGCAAUAGCAGUUCCCGGAGAAAUAGCCGGAUAUUGGGAAGCACACAGACGUUUCGGUAAAUUGAAAUGGGAAGAAUUGUUUGAACCUUCUAUCUAGUUGGCAACAAACGGAUUUCUUGUUAAUUCAGCGUUAUCUGGUGCAAUAAACUACAAAUCUACUGUACCAAAAAUUGAGUACAAUCUCGAGCCAAUAUUUACAAAUGCAAAUAGAAGUCUGAAGAAGGAAGGAGACAAAAUAACAAACACUGCACUUGCUGCAACUUUUCGUAUAAUUGCUUCAGAGGGUGCUCCAACGUUUUAUAAUGGAACACUCGCCCGUCGUAUUAUAGAAGAUCUUAAAGACGCACCAGGAGGACCGUCAAUAAUAACGGAAGACGACUUGAGAUCGUACAGAGCUGAGGUGAAGCCAUUGAUCAACAUUUCUAUUGGGGAUCUAACUGUUUUUACACCCGGUGCUCCAAGCGGCGGUCCUAUACUUUGCUACAUAUUGAACAUUCUAAAAGGAUACAAUUUUAAUGAGGAAAGUAUGAAAUCCACUGAAGAUCAAGUACUAACUUAUCAUCGAAUAUUAGAAGCCUUCAAAUUUGCAUAUGCCGAAAGAACUCAACUGGGGGACGAAAAUUUUGAUUAAAAUAUAACAGCACUUGUUUCAAAUCUGACCUCUGAUGUGUUUGCUGAAGAAACUCGUUUGAAAAUAAACGACUCGUGGACUCAAGACGUAGAAUAUUAUGAGCCUGACUUUGUUCUUCAACCUGAUGAUUCUGAAACAGCUCACUUGAGCAUAGUUGGUGAAUAUGGAAGCGCAAUAUCAAUUACAAGUACAAUAAAUGGAUAUUUUGGAUCUUCAGUACGAGGGUUUCGAACCGGAAUAAUAUUUAAUAAUGAAAUGGACGAUUUUUCCUCACCAAAUAUCACUAAUAUUUUCGGUGUUGAACCAUCGCCAACAAACUAUAUUGAACCGGGGAAACGUCCAAUCUCUUCCAUGUCACCUACAAUUGUAAUGAACAAAAAGCAUCCAGGCCAGUCUGCAGUCAAAAUAGUAGCAGGAGGGUCUGGAGGAACAACGACAGGAACUGCGUUGACAAUUAUGAAUAAUUUGUGGUUUGGAAAGCGAAUUGAUGGAGCUGUUUCAAUGAAAAGGUUGCAUCAUCAACUUAUUCCUGAAGUCGCACAAUAUGAAAUGGGAUUUGAUGCCAACAUUGUUCAAGGUCUGGAAGAUAAAAAUCACAUCACCUAUUAUUAUAAUCCACCUGGAUCAGUCAUCCAAGCCAUUGAAAGACAUCACGAUGGAAAGCUGGGCGGGAAAAGUGAUGAAAGAAAGUCUGGAUAUCCGGAUGGUUAUUAAUUGUUAAAUCAAACUAACCGAAAUUUU